ACCGCCUUCCGCCCAAAUAUAGCACCCUACUCCCGACCCCAAAAGAGACAAGCGGUAGAAAUGGAUGGAUGAAUGGACAUCAGGGUGUUUGUGUUGCGUCUGGGUAACAAAGUCAACAAGAUGCAGAAGGACGCCGAGAAGCAGCGUGCAGGGUUCGCCUUCCCUGACUGGGCCUACAAGCCAGAGUCCAGCCCGGGUUCCAGGCAGAUCCAGCUGUGGCACUUUAUCCUGGAGCUUCUGAGGAAAGAGGAGUACCACGAUGUCAUCGCCUGGCAGGGGGACUAUGGCGAGUUCGUCAUCAAGGACCCGGACGAGGUGGCCCGACUCUGGGGGGCCAGGAAGUGCAAGCCCCAAAUGAAUUACGAUAAACUGAGCAGGGCACUGAGAUACUACUACAACAAGAGGAUCCUCCACAAGACCAAAGGCAAGAGGUUCACCUACAAGUUCAACUUCAAUAAACUGGUGUUGGUCAACUACCCCUUCAUCGACAUGGGCUCCACUGGAAACGGUGUCCCUCAGAGCGCACCGCCUGUCCCAACCGGUGCAGGGACCCACUUCCGUUUCCCGCCAUCAACGCCCUCGGACGUUCUCUCCCCGAACGAGGACCUGCGCAGCCCGGGCGGUUUGUACAGCUCGGUGACCCGCCGGGUGGCACGUGGAUCUGUGAGCGACUGCAGCGACGGCACUUCUGUCAAUUCUGAGAUAGAUGAUGGUAAUGCAGGUGGGGGGGAGGAGAGGGGAGAAAGGGUAUUGGGCGGAGGAGGGCCUGGUGGAGGAGGAGGGGGCUACAGGAGUAUCAUCCAUCCCCGCUUGACUCAUGAAUCUCUGUUCCGUAUCUACGGAGGAGCGGGCAACCCCGGUGGUCACCCGGGAACCCGUGGCCCCGGCGGGCACCGUAUCCACCCUGACCCCUUGUCCCCCUUCCCUGUGUCCCCGCUGCCCGGGCCAGGGGGAGCAGGGCUCCUGGCGCCCCCUCUAUCCCCUGCACUAAGCAUGACCCCCACAUCUCACCUCUACACGCCCUCUCCCACUCUGUCCCCCAUGCUGGGCUCCCACUUUUCCUUCAACCCAGAGGACAUGAAGCGCUACCUGCAGGCCCACACCCAGUCGGUGUACAACUACGGGCUCAGCCCCCGGGCAUUCUUGCAGUACCCUAACAUCGUCAUCCCCCAACCACACCGACCCGCCGCCGACAAGGUGGGUCUGAACAGCGACCAAGCAGCGGCGGAGAGAGCGGCGGUGGCAGAAAGGGGAGGCGGGCGGCACCACCACACCCCUCUGUCCCACUCCGCGCACCACCACCAGCAUCCUCCUCAUUCUGCCCACCCUCACCCCCAUUCUCACCCCAUGCACCACGCACUCCACUUGGGGGAGGAGCCCCCACACAUGUCGCCCUUCAAGUUCAAGCUGCAGCCCCCGCCGCUGGGCCGGAAGCAGCGGGACGGACAGAGUCUGAAUAAAGCCAGACAGAGCUCGCUCUCCUCAGGCUCGGGGUCCGGGUCCAUGUCGUCCACCUCUGGCCUCGGCUCUUCGCUGUCAUUUGGCAGUGACCUGAGUUCGGCGAGCGGCUCGGGGCUCAUCUCUGCCUCCUCUUCCACACAGUCCCUCAACAGUGCGGGCCUUCCAAGUGUCCAGGUGGAGCCCAUUUCUGACAUCGAGUCAGAGGAAGAAGUGGAGGUGACCGACAUCAGUGAUGAAGACCCAGAUGAACGUGAUGAAGACUUUGAGCUCUUCGCCCCUCGCCUUUCCAGGGUGGCAAACCACCACCACCACUACCCCCACCUUUCUAACGGCUCAGCUGCCCACCCGCACCCGUCCCAUCCAGAUGAGGACGUGGAUGAAGAUGUUUUCAAGGCACCUGCUCCGCCUCCACCCGGCCUCAUGCCUUUCUUCACCUCGCACCACGGCUACUCCAACGCUCACCGCGGUCCACCCACCCUUAAGACGGAGCCCAGUGAGCCGGCAGACGGGAGCCCUCCCCUGCCCCAGAUGGCGGCUCCCCAGACCAAGUGCAUACCCCUCAAGCUGCGCUUCAAAAGGCGCUGGAGCGAAGACCAGCGCAUGGAGGCCUCGCAGGAGGAGUCGGACGACAAGAAAGUUCGGCCACAGGAGCAGAGGGAAAGUCAAACCAACGGGCGCAUGGAGACGCAGGAGGAGGGGGCCGGCGGUGGGGUAGGCGACAGCCCCCCUCCGAUGACAUACGAAAGCUCUUUGGCCACACCUUUGGCUUCCCUUAGGAAGGUGAGUGCUGACCUACAUGAAGCUACCGCCCAGCUGUCUCUGGAAAACAAAGACAGCUGAUUGGAUGGAACAAAGGAGGAUUUCCAAGAGCUUGUAAAUGGUUCCUCUCACGUGCAAAGUUCCCUGAUUUUAAACACCUUCGCACACCUCAAAGACCGCCUUACUAUGACUCUACCAGAUCCCCAGCAGGUUCUCUGGAUCGGGAAUUCUUUUGGGACGCAUCAUUUGGGAGGAAGGAGACUAAGAUUCAACUGUCCCAGGAACUGUAAAGCCACGUUUCCACUGAGCAGUACGGUUCAGUUCAGAUCACCGGUGUAUGUUUGGAAAUCCUUUAUCUGGCUUCCCUUAUCUGGCUUCUUUGUGUGUGUUGGUAACUUAUGUCAGUUACGUCCAUUCCUGAUGUCACAACCAUUCUUCCAUUCUGUUUAGGAACCAUACCCUAAAGUAAGGUUGCCCAAAAGUGUUCCAUUGCAGAAAAUCUUAGACCACUUUCAACAAAGUAAAAAGACAGAAUCCUGCGUACCGAACCAAGUGGAAUUGAACGGUACUGCUUAGUGGAAAGCGGCAUGAACUGGGCUGAAAUCAGACGGAUAACUCUUUCAAGGAUCUUUACCUCCCACCUGGCCAGUGAAGCUCCAAAGUGCAGCUCCCGUCUUUGAAACCCACCCCCCUAUCUGUCAGUUUUCCUCAGGGGACCCCUUUUCCCUUUAACCUACACCCACCGCCUCCCUUAACCUGCCGUACUACCACAUGUAAAUAGAGGACUUUGACAAGUGCCUGUAUUUACAACCCAUCAGCCCCCGGAUGCAGGACUUGUAUCAAGGGAUGGAAAGGAAAGUGGGUCUUCAAGACUGGAGGAUGGGGCUGUCGGGCGCCGACAUUUCUUAAGACCCCGGCCCGCUCUCUGCUCAGGGAAGCCCGUCGCUGUACGGUUAUUGGACUGGUGUACAUAAACAAACAGAAAAGUCAGCUGUGAAAUGGA